CUCACUGGUCCCAGAAGGCGCCGGGUUUCCCAAGAUGGCGGCCGACGUGUCCGUUACUCACCGGCAGCCACUGAGCCCUGAGGCUGAGGCCGAGGUUGAAGCCAGCGAUUCGGUGGAUCGGCGGGCGCCCGAAGAAGAAUUACCGCCGUUAGAUCCAGAAGAGAUCCGGAGACGCCUGGAACAUACCGAGCGACAGUUCCGUAACCGUCGUAAGAUACUGAUCCGGGGCCUCCCGGGGGACGUGACCAACCAGGAAGUACAUGACCUACUCAGCGACUAUGAGCUCAAGUACUGUUUUGUGGACAAAUACAAAGGGACAGCCUUUGUGACCCUGCUGAACGGGGAGCAGGCUGAAGCUGCCAUCAGCACGUUUCAUCAGAGCCACCUGCGGGAACGGGAGCUAUCUGUGCAAUUGCAGCCCACAGAUGCUCUGCUGUGUGUGGCCAACCUGCCCCCUAGCCUCACACAAGCCCAGUUUGAGGAGCUGGUCCGGCCCUUUGGCAGCCUGGAGCGCUGCUUCCUGGUCUACAGUGAGCGCACUGGUCACUCCAAGGGCUAUGGUUUUGCUGAGUACAUGAAGAAGGACUCAGCUGCCCGUGCCAAGUCUGAUCUGCUGGGCAAGCCAUUGGGCCCCCGCACACUCUAUGUACACUGGACAGACGCUGGGCAGCUGACCCCUGCCUUGCUCCAUUCCCGCUGCCUCUGUGUGGACCGCUUGCCACCCGGCUUCAGUGAUGUGGACACCCUGCGUCAUGCGCUGUCAGCUGUCUACACCCCUACCUUCUGCCAGCUGGCGUGUGGCCAGGAUGGGCAGCUGAAAGGCUUUGCUGUGCUGGAGUACGAGACAGCGGAGAUGGCCGAGGUGGCACAGCAACGGGCAGAUGGCUUGGCCUUGGGGGGCAGCCACCUGCGUGUGUCCUUCUGUGCUCCAGGACCCCCUGGCCGCAGCAUGCUGGCAGCUCUGAUUGCUGCCCAGGCCACAGCCCUCAAUCGUGGCAAGGGACUCCUACCAGAGCCUAACAUCCUGCAGCUACUGAAUAACCUGGGCCCAUCGGCCUCCCUCCAGCUGCUGCUGAAUCCCCUUCUCCAUGGCAGCGCCAGUGGCAAGCAGGGCCUCCUAGGUGCCCCUCCUGCCAUGCCGCUGCUCAACGGGCCCGCUCUGUCCACUGCACUACUACAGCUCGCCCUGCAGAACCAGAAUCAGAGCCAGAAGAAGCCUGGGAUUCUGGGAGACUCACCCCUGGGCACCCUCCAGCCUGGAGCCCAGCCUGCCAACUCCCUUCUUGGGGAGCUACCCUCAGGUGGGGGCCUGGCCCCAGAGCUGCCACCUCGGCGAGGGAAGCCACCACCUCUGUUGCCACCACUGUUGGGCCCCUCUGGGAGUGACCGGGAUUCCAUGGGCAUGGGUCCUCCAGCAGCCCAGCUUACUCCACCCCCAGCCCCCAUGGGGCUUCGAGGCUCCGGCCUCAGGGGCCUACAGAAAGACAGUGGACACCUGCCCACACCUCCUGGGGUCUCACUUCUGGGGGAGCCCCCUAAGGACUACCGCAUUCCCCUGAAUCCUUACCUGAACCUACACAGUCUGCUCCCAGCCAGCAACCUGGCAGGCAAGGAGGGCCGGGGCUGGGGAGGCUCUGUGAGAGGCCGCCGCCCAGCUGAGGGCCCCCUGCCCAACCCUGCAGUCCCGAGUAGAGGCAGUGGUGGUGAAGGUGGCAGUAGCAAAGCCUUCCAGCUCAAAUCCCGCCUGCUCAGCCCCCUCAGCAGCACCCGUCUGCCUCCGGAGCCAGCGCUGCCUGAUAGCUACGGAUUUGACUACCCCUCGGAUGUGGGACCUCGACGGCUCUUCUCUCAUCCCCGGGAGCCAGCCCUGGGGCCCCAUGGACCCAGCCGACACAAGCCAACCUCCUCUCUGCAGAUGUCUCCACCACCCAGUGGCUUCAGCGAGCGGAGUGGCGGAGGCACUGGGGCAUCCCUCUCUCAUUUUUAUUCUGGUUCACCCACUUCCUACUUCACUAGUGGUCUGCAGGCUGGCCUCAAGCAGAGCCACCUCAACAAGGCAUUAGGCUCCUCCCCUCUGGGCUCCAGUGAAGGGCUCCUGGGCCUUGGCCCUGGGCCCAAUGGCCACAGCCACCUCCUGAAGACCCCCCUAGGUGGCCAGAAACGCAGCUUUUCCCACCUGCUGCCCUCCCCUGAGCCCAGCCCAGAGGGCAGCUACGUGGGCCAGCACUCCCAGGGCCUUGGAGGCCACUACGCAGAUUCCUACCUGAAGCGGAAGCGGAUUUUCUAAAGGGGUUGCGCCACAGAUGCUCAAGGGCCUGCGCCUAAUCGCUUUUGGGUUUUUCUGGUGGUGUGUUUUUGUGGGAUUUUAUUUUUAUUUUUUAUUUUCUUUCUUUGGGUAAUAGAGAAAUCUCAAGACUUGCUGACCAACUAGCCAGAGCCCAAGGGAUGUGGGGGGACCCGGGGCCACCUUGUAUCUGUAGGCCAGCUCCCGGAGCCAUAAUCCCACAGUCUUAAGAGAGAGGGGCCUGGCCUGCUCUUUCUCCCUUCCCAGCUCCUGGCUUCCUUCUGCCUGUGCCCAGCUCUCUGGGUGUCCUCGCCUGCCUCAUCACUCCUGUAUUCUGGCCUUUCGAGUGCCUUGGAGGUGUCCCUGACCCUUGUGAGGAUCAGAGACGGUCCCCCUUUUUUAAACUUUCAACAAUUGACUUAGAAUUUCCUUUUCUAAUUUUUAUUAUUUUUUAAAUCAACUAGGAUCUACCCCCUUCCCCACCACCACACACUGAUUCCUUCUAAGUCCAGUAUGGCUGGGCCUCCAUUCUGCACUUGGAAGUUUGAAAUGGCUCAACCCUUUUCUUUUGUCCCACUUCUGCUGCAGGCAUGGCUGUUUCCUGUCCCUGCCUGCCCACUCUGGCCAGUACCCCAGCCCCAGGCUCAACCCCUAGCUCUCUGCCCCCGUCCUCUUGCCUUCUGAUGCCUUAAAGUUGGGCCACUGGCCAGAGCCUCUCAGAUGCCAAGCUCCGGAAGUUUGGCUCAGGACCAAAGAGCUCUGGCCUAGGGAGUGGGCCCUUUCACCCAUGGUGUCCGUCCUGCGGACUGAAGGCCAAAACCUGGGCCUUGGCAAGUCAGCCCUUCUGCCUGGGCCUGGGUACAGAGGCGGGCUUUUUCUGCCUGCUUCAACCAAACCCCUGCUGUCUGUCCUUGGGAGUUGGCCACUGGGCCUCCACUGUAUCCCCAAAAGUGAACCCCACCUCCUUCCCUGGGCCGGAUCUCUGGAGCUGGCCUCCUUACCCAGUGCCAGCAACCAACAACCCCAUGCAGACAGACUCUGCAUCUGCCCAUCAGCAGGGCUUGCCUCUGGCCAGCUGGGCCACCACCUUCUCUUUUCCCCCCAACUGUGAGGGCUCACACCUGCGGGGUGGGGUCUCCUCCCCACUACCCACACAGACCUUUGCUGAAUUAAAGUUUGUAAGUAAACGGUUUUAAUGAA